AUGGCCAAAAUCAGGCCUGCGACCCCUAAGUGCUAUACCUCUUCGCAGCAGACCCACCUACCCGAGCCGCCUCCUACAAACUCUCAAGAAACGACAGACAGCAUUGCGAUUGAGGGCUUCCAACCCGCGCUACCCAGCUUCGAGACAUCAUUCUUAGGGGGAGGGGGGUGGAAGCUGAUCGACGCAAUUGAAAGGCUCAUUGCCCACCAAGGCAGAGCUGCUGGAGGUUAA